AACAAAGAAACGAUCAUUAACCUCCUUUCUUUCUGUCAAAAACGAUGGCCGAACCGUCGGAAUCGACCAUCGGAAGUCUCGUUGGCACGAGCAGACGCUUUGAUCGAAAGGGACGCCCGUAGGGCUUUCGAGCGUCGUUACGAGGUAGUAGUCACCCUUGAACCUCGUUAUAUGCAGUCAACUUUUCAACGCCUCCAACGUCCGCGCGCACGCGCCACCGUCGGCCGCGCUCCUCUGCGCGUCCUUGAAUUCUUCUCGGCCCCGAGGACAUCGAGGACCAAGAGAUCCGAGGGAUUCUUCCAUCAAGCAAUCGGUCAAAGUGGAGAACAACUACGGAGAAGGGAGAAAGGAACGGGGGAUUCGGUGAAAUGAUCGGUACGCCGCGGCGAAUGUGUAACGGUCAACCGAUCGUUUGUCCGGGACCGUGCAAUCAUCGCCGACACAAGCGCGUAGAGAGGACGACCCAGAAGCGAUGCUGCCACGCGCGUUCGCUGUUCGACGCCAAAGACGACAAAGUGGCCGGCGGCAACCUCGAGGAGGACGACGAGGACGACGACGACGAGGACGGCAAGAGGAAGAGAGUAGACCUUACGAAGGUCGAAUCGCCGCCUCUUCUAGUGGACGAGGAAACGAUUACGAUGAUCGAGAAAGCCAUGCUCGUCAACGUCGCGAUCUCGCAAAUAUUAAUCGAGGACAUUGGGAGACCACCUUCGUGCGACUCCAAAGGGAACGUCGUCGGCUCGUUGAUGAAGUCCGAACGAUAUCAGGGGGAGCCGUCGGAAACUUCAAGAAGUUCGUCGAGAGGCAUCUCUCCCGGCUCGAAGGGAAGGUCGAAGAAAAUUGGUACUAAGAAAAUGAGGGGAGCGAGGAAGAAGCCAAUGCCAAUCUGCGUCGGAUUUGUCUUGUUCGUUUUCAUCUACGCGAUCGUUCACGCCUUCCUCUCCACAGUCGCUUGGCACCAAUCUUUCUACGUGAUUUUCCUUUCGAGCCAAAUUUGCGGACUCGCCACGCUCGUUCUUUUCAAGACUACCGGCACGAUUCCUUUGUAAAUUCUUUUGAAAAUUUCAUAAAGUCCGAAUAGAGAUCGA